AACAAUUAUUAAGACUUCUCUCCUGCCCUUUCCUCAAUUACUUGUUCGUUGUUCUUGUUGUCCCACUCACAACUGUGUAUCAUUCUUUUGUACUAUUAUUAGUGAUCAACAAUGGAAGACCAAUCAAAGAAAGCCAUAAGUGACACAAGAAAUAUGAUAGAGAAUCUACAGGUACCAAUACCAGAACAGAUUCCAACACCGAUAACUAAUAAAGAAGAUAUAUAUAGAGAUCAAAGCCAGCCCUCUCAAGAUGCGCCUAUUACUGAAUUGUCACACACAGUAAAUUCAGCAAUAUAUUCAUUAGUUAAACGGUCACCUUCAUUAUCAACAAUUGAUAAUGGCAUAACAGAACAACCCAGACCGCCACCACCAUCAACAGAAUCAUCAGCACAAGAUGAGUUUAUGGAAACAUUGGAUGAUUGUUUGUCUUUUUUCCAAUUGGUGAAUGGAGAUAUUCCCCAGACACAAACACCUUCGCAGCUGCAGAAUCGGCCACCGUCACCCCGUCGGGUGCAGGUACAGACACCGGCUCCACAGCACCACCCAUCCUCAUAUCCAUCAUUAAAUAACCACCCGAGUGAUAGCCAAUAUACCCAACAACAGCAGGAGCAACAACAGCAGAUGACUGCAGAAUCGGCCACCGUCACCCCGUCGGGUGCAGGUACAGACACCGGCUCCACAGCACCACCCAUCCUCAUAUCCAUCAUUAAAUAA